AGAUGAUCAGUGGUGGUGGUGGAAAGGAAUCUGCUUUUCUGCUCUGACCCAUGAGAACCCACAAGCUAUUCAAGAAGUCUCCUUUAUUUUUGGUAAACUAUUGAAUUGGGCUUAUGAAAAAGUUGUGCGAUCGAAAAUUUUUUACAAACCCUUUUGGAUGUAAAAUAUCGACAGAUGGUUGUGUACGUAACAAGAAAAUCUGGAGACUAUUUAGGGGUGUUUUAGCAUUCCCUGUGGAACAGGUUUCUUCUGGGAAAAAGGAGGAAAAUGAUAGAAAAUUAAGGGUAUCAGUCACUUUCCUAAGGUUCGCAGUUCAAAGCAGCCAACAUCGUCCUCAAAUAUUUCCGUCAACGUAUUGUUAAAUUGCAAGAAUCAAAACCAAAUAUUUCCUAUAUAUUAUCACUGUCUAACAUUUUUGACGCGUCUCGUGUGUCAGAGGAGACGCAUUUCAGUCGCAGACACGCCCACGAAGCAUCGCUUUGUCCUCUUCCCAUUUCGUGCUGUUUCAUCCCCUUUCAUGGGGUUUCUGAAAACCUAAAUCUUUCACCCAUUUUCGGGGCAUUCAUAUUCAUAUCAUAACGUGUAGAAUCUGACCUUGGAGCCCUUUUUUGUUUUCUUUGCGGAACCUCUCAUGUUGGUGGAGCAGAAGCAGCCCAACAUGGGUCGGCGGGGACUGGUGGUGGGGAACUACUGCCACGACGUUCUGAUCCGGAACGACGUCGUUGUGGGGGAGACUCUCGGUGGCGCCGCGUCCUUCGUCUCCAAUGUCCUCGAUGGGGUUUCGAUUCGCUGUGAUUUGGUCUCCAAAGUGGGCUCCGACUUCGCCUACUCCGUGGCUCACCCCCCAAUUGCGGUGCCCACUUCGCCGACCACGCUCUUCCACGCCUUUUUUGAUUCGGGUAGCGACGGCGAGGGGGCCUGCGAUCGGGUUCUCAAGCGCGUCCGUUUUUGUGGUGCGAUUGAACCGUCGGAUCUGCCGGAGUCGAGGUUUAAUUUCGGGAUGGCCGUUGGCGUCGCCGGAGAGAUAUUGCCGGAGACUCUGGAGCGGAUGCUUGAUAUAUGUGAGGUUGUGUUUGUUGACAUCCAGGCUUUGAUUCGAGUGUUUGAUUCCAGUGAUGGGACGGUGAGGCUUGUGGGGCUGAAAGAGAGUGGGUUCUUUCACCUUCUACCACGAAUUGGGUUCUUGAAGGCCUCUGCAGAGGAAGCUCCGUAUGUAGAUGUUGAGGAAGCGAGGAAAUGGUGCUGUGUUCUCAUAACAAACGGGAAGGAAGGUUGUACCUUGUAUUGGAAGGAUGGGGAAAUGCAGAUAUCACCAUUUCCGACAGUUCAGAUUGAUCCCACCGGCGCUGGAGAUAGUUUUCUAGGCGGGUUUGUUGCUGGGCUUGUUCAGGGAUUGGCAGUGCCAGAUGCAGCCCUACUGGGGAACCUUUUCGGGUCCAUGACUGUAGGCCAAAUUGGAUUGCCCAAGUUCGAAUUGAGGUUGUUGCAGAGAGUUAAGGAUGAGGUGCAGAGGAGGAAGAUGCAAAGCAUCAGCUGCUGUGAAGAUAGCAAUGAUGAUUUAAAGUUUGUGAAACCGGCAGGGCACCAGCAGUUCCAUUCAUCCCUUGCUGCAGCCAAACUAACAUCCGCUGCUCCCCUCCAGGAAUGUCAAUGGGAUCUGCGAAACUCUCCUCCUAGAGCCAUAGAGCAAGGUAUCCCCCAGUACACUGGACAGCAGAAGCUACUACUUAAUCCCGUCUAUGAAGAACCGAUACAAUCAGUUGAAGGUACACAGUGAAGCCUCUGCAGAACAUGACCUCCCUUUUUAUUAGUCUGAAUAAAGUCUAUGCUUUGGCUAGCAAAGAGAUCUCUAAGCACUGCAUUUUGUUUUGAUCAUUCAAUCCGAAGCCCCAACCUCUCUCAAUGUGCAAGGGUUGCAAGUGGCUGCUGAUUGUCCUUUCACAUAUGUAGUGCAUGGCAUUCUUGACUAACACUUAGAAACUGAGUUGGUUAAGAUGAAAUGUUAAUGCUAACCAUACAUCUAAUAAAGAAAGAGAAGUCUCAAAUCUUUCAUACCCAGUUCUAAAA